AGUCCGACUUACAAUCACAAUAUAAAAAUUUUGAUGGUUUCACGCGCGAAAUCUUCGAAGCAUAUAAGCUUCUCAGAAAGGUGCGGCUGAAGCACCGUUAACAGUACAAUCUAUGCAACUCUUUGGCCACUUAGCGUGAAUUAUACAACGAAAACAGAAAAAAGCCAAUAAGAUACCUAAGUUACGCGCGUCACACUGAGCAACGAAAAGCCGCCCUUUCCCGCGCGGGAAAGUCCAAAGCUCUCCUCUCUCUCUCUCUCUCUCUCUCUCUCUCUCUCUCUCUCUCUCUCUCUCUCUCUCUCUCUCUCUCCAUCGUAUAUCGCGUUCCCCGGCACACACGACAACAUCAGGCAGUAUCACACAGCUAAAUAUGAGUAUAACAUUACACACGCAGGCGCGCGUAAAAGCGAAAGGCGCGCAUCAUCGCCAGCACAGACACUCACGCACACACUCGGGCUUCGUUCAUCGGUAUGUUCAUCGAUGUAUAGGCAAUCCCCACGACUGAUAAAACUCGGCGCGAGCGCGCGCGGCGAUUUCAGUUCGCGCGGUGCGUUUCGACCAACCGAACGUGCGACGAUCGGUUACACAUCGAACACCUUCGAUACGCGCACUUUCCUCGUUAUACACUACUGGCUCUCACUCUUUGAUGAGCCGGAGGCAAGCGCAGAGUUCGACGUGAUAAAAUCGAUUUUUCGAAGACGAGUGUGGCCGGAGCUCAAGAGAGAGAGAGAGAGAGAGAGAGAGAGAGAGAGAGAGAGAGAGAGAGAGAGAGAGAGAGACAUGUACACGGAGAUUAGAAGCGCCGCGACGGCGCUGAGCGUCUACCUGUCGCUCCUGAUGCUGUUGCCGAGCAUCGCAGCCGACGAGCUCUACGGCUCGCUUUCAGAGGGCAGCGCUUGCAGGAUGGAGGACGGCAGCGCGGGCAUAUGCAAGCCCCUGCCGAGUUGUCCCAUGCGGAUCAAGGAGGUCAUGGAGGGCAAGCGAUUCUCCACCUCGACUGGACGCUGUACCUUCGAGAACUUCGUGGAGAUCGUUUGCUGCCCGCUCGCGGAGGCCAGGACCACCACGACGUCCAGCAUCGAGCCCAAUAUCAACGACGUGCUUGGACUGCGACCUGCUGACGUAGCCUGCCACGAGUACGAGAAUGAAAUCAUCGGCGAGGACGGCCAGAAGGUGAAUCCCAACAUCUUCAAUGGUGAACGUGCGGCCGCGGGGGAGUUCCCCUACAUGGUGGCAUUGGGAUACCAGCCCGACAAGACGAAUCCCUCGCUCAUCCGGUACAACUGCGGCGGGACCCUUAUCUCCGUCAGACACGUCUUGACCGCAGCCCACUGCGUUAACAACAUCAACAACUUUGUACCUGUUGAGGUGAGACUGGGUGCUGUUGACCUGAAUGACAACUCCGCCUACGUCCAGCGAAUCCAAGUAGGCGAGAUAAUAUCACACCCAAGGUACAAGCGCAGCUUGAACUACUACGACAUCGCCAUCAUCAAGUUGAGAAGAGCGAUCAACGUGUCGAACAACGUCAUGCCGAUUUGCUUGCAAACGAAACCGAUACCCAAUCUGCAACAGCUGGUGAACAUGUCGCUCGUUGUCACCGGCUGGGGCGCGACCAGCUUCGAGAACGAGGGAUCGGCUGAUCUCCAGAAGACUCCUAGUCUACAAAUGAUCGACAAAAUCGAGUGCAGCGUAGCGUACAGGGGCUUCUCAAAGUUGCCCAAUGGUCUGGACGGGAGUAUGAUUUGCGUACUAGACAAGAACGUGACGAGGCGAGCAGAUGCCUGUCAGGGCGACAGCGGCGGUCCUCUUUUGCUGCUAUCGAUGGUGUCGAGCACCGUUCUCGGAGUCACCUCCUUCGGCCAGAGCUGUGGCAGCUCCAUACCAGCCAUCUAUACAUCCGUUAUAUUCUACCUUGACUGGAUCGAAGAUAUGGUCUGGCCCGACAAAAAACGACCCUGAACCCGACUCAAGUCCUGGCAUUAUUUCUUCUUUUCAAUGGAUGGCCGGUACUAUUAGUUGUAUCAUAUGUCGACUUAAACAGACGAGCGACGAUGAUUAUUAUCCAGUCAUAGAUUAAUUUGCAAUGCAAGAACAUCUUAUUUACUCGCGCAUCUUUGUUUGACUCUGUAGACCUUCGUGCGACAUCCACGUGUUUAUUAAAAACUUAUGUUUCUCUUAGAAAGUGCAUUAUUCAAUUUAAUUUGUGCUUUUUUAAAAAGACAUUGUGUACUGUGCCAGAGCUAUAAUAUAGUCUUAAUAGCCAGAGCUUAUAUUUCCAUUAACUCAUUACAAUAAACACUACUGCAAUUAGAAAUAAUCGAACUUUAUCUAAUUAGCUUUAUCUUAAAUGAGAAUGUGCGAUUUUCAUUUUACCGAAGCUAUUCGCAUAUGUUUAAUUUCUGUAUAAGUAUACGCCAGAGAUGAUUACCAAGUCGUAUGAAUUAUUAUGUUCAAAACUUCGUAAUCCAUGCAUUUAACUCUGUAACUUCUUAUAAAAAAAAUUAUGCGCGUGCGUUAUGCAGACUGAACAGCUUUUAAAUACGUAAUCUAAAGGAAUAAAAAUCUGUGCCAUCAAUUCAGUUUUUUUCCAGUCAAAAUAGAGAUGAGUUUGCCAUGGAAAAAAUUUGUGAAUUCUAUAUAUUGAGUCAAAAAUAAGUAUUCCAAAAGAAAUUUUGUACUACAAACUGUAGGCAAACUUUUGUGCCAAUUCUUCGCGUAUGCAGUUGAUUUAGUAUUUAUAUUUAUUUAUAGAAUAUAUUAUGUGCUCUAUAAACCAUACUCUGGAAUCAUUUCUUGUCAAUUUAUUAUCUUUAUCUUCACUCAUUUUCCUGGCUAGUAUAUCCUUACUUUUAAAAAUUAAUUUCAGUGAAACAUAUCCUCACCACAUGUCGUUAACAUUCAAAGCAGCAUCGAUGUUAUCAAUGAAUAUGCCUUGUGGAAUAAAAUUUGAAAUUGUGAAAAACUUGCACUUAACAAAAAUAACGCUAAUAAUAUUGGUUAUCAAUCAUUUUAUUGCUUGUUUUUAAGACUGCAAAUGUUUCACAAAAAAAUGACGCUUUAUACAAAAAUAAGUAUAACAUAUAAUUCCAGCAAUUUUCUUUCAAACCCACUUUUUGUGCUAAAUUUAUAUAAUGAAAUCAUAUAUUUUAGUUCACGAACACAAAAGGGUAAUCUUAAAGUAAUAACUCUAUAUUAAUUAUUUACCAAAAAAUAAUAAUGUUUUGAAAAUAUUAUGAUCUUCUGUUCCUUUAUAAACUACGCUAUAUAGUAGAGUAUGAGGUUGUAUAUAAUAUAACCCGGUUAAACAACUAAAAGUUAAUUACUAAGUACGAUAUAAUAUAUAGAAUACAAAUGAAUAUCUACAAUAUAAAAGAAAAA